AGACCGGGCAAGCGUUCUAAUCCUCUCGGACGGCGAACAGAGGCAGACUCGAUUAAUAGUCGUGCUCGUGAGAGAAUCGACGAGCGUCCUUGGUGUCUUCGAGUUGCGCGGGAGCUUGAAAUCUAUCGUUGACUGUUUGAACUCGAACGCGUCUGACGCGGAACGUCGACGUCGAUGGACCGAGCUGGUCGUGCAACCAUAGGAAUCGUCGCGUCAUCGAGCUUAAAUUUGGUCUUGGAGUGAAAGAUAAUUGAUUAAGAGAUUGUCAUGUGAGGAAUAACGUUGUCAAAGGGUAGAGAAGAUCCGAUCAAGUCGUUCGUUCCGUUCGUUUUUGAUCGCGUCUAAGUGUACGACCGAGGGCCUUUCAUUCUCUUUGCUUGUUAGCGAAAGAUUAAAGAAAUAAGUAUGAAGCCAAGCGCUAUAGUUCUCUUGUUAUUUCUCUGCGUGCAAUUUUUAGCCUCGGAAUCGAAGCUAAGAAGUCAACAGGCAACGGCUGUUGAGGCGACGGACGAAGACGACGACGAUUGGGAUGACGACGAGGAUGACGAUGACGAUGACGAUGACGAUGAUGAUAAUGAAAGUUAUCAUCCGAAACCUGAGAUCGAUGACGAUGGUCGUAUAUAUAAGAAUCCAAGGAAUUCACCGUCCGCUAUGUGCCCACGGGAUCAGGACCAAGCUGAUCUCUUGGGACAGAAGUGCCUGAGGAAAUGUUCUACCGAUGAAGAUUGCAAAAGUAAAAAGAAGAAAUGUAGAUGCGACGGUGCCUGUGGUAUGUCCUGUAUCAAACCCGAAAGAGAGUGUCCACCUUUGACUGAAAUCGAACAUGGAGCGGUGACCGUCACUGGACGAUUUUUCGGUGAUCGGGCAAAUUAUGCUUGCGAACCAGAUUACUUCACCGUCGGCUUGUCCGAAAGAACUUGCCGUGCCGAUGGACAUUGGACCGGUACUACGCCGUCCUGUAAGAAGGAUCAGAAUUCCUUCUGCUCGCAGCCGCCCAAAAUAAAAAAUGCACGUCACAAUGCGUUGCUCGAACAAACGACUUAUGAUCUAGACAGUAUGGUCCAAUAUUAUUGUAAUCAUGGAUAUGUCACCACAGGUGCACGAAAGUCUAAAUGUCUUAUGAUGAAUGGUAUCGCUAGUUGGUUCGGUCCUGAUAUUACCUGCGAACCACAAAAUUGUGGUUCACCGGCGGACAUCGCUAAUGGAUGGCACGCUGGUGAAUGUUACACGUACGAUUGUCGCGUGUCCUAUCACUGUGCGAACGAAUACGAAUUGAUUGGUCGAGCUGAAAAGAUCUGUUUGGCGGAUGGUACAUGGAUGCCUAAAGAGUCACCGCAAUGCGUUCAAGUAACUUCCGUACAAUGUCCUAAACCAGAAAAUCCUGAGAAUGGAAAAGCUGUCUAUACUUCCUACGCUUAUAACUCCAUAGUCUCUUAUGAGUGCAAAUACGGUUAUACGGUUGUGGGAGCGGCGACCAGACGUUGCGGAGCAGAUAGAAAAUGGGCAGGAAAAACGCCCACCUGUCAAGAGAUUAAUUGCGGUUCGCCGGGGGUUCUUUAUAACGGUUGGAUAGAAAAUAUCGAAGCAGGUACUGGAUUAGGUGCUAGCAUAAUCUUUCGUUGCAACGAUCAUAUGAAACUCGAAGGUAAUGCUUCUUCCGUAUGUCAAAUAGACGGUAAGUGGCGUUAUCCUUUGCCCCAGUGUUUGGCUCCCUGCGUUGUACCCCAAAUUGAAAAUGGACAUAUAACUGUGGCUAGUCACGAGAAGGAUCAUAUAAACAAUGUUACCGUCGUAGAACACGGCGAGAGAUUGUUGGUAUCUUGCGUGAAAAAUUAUGAAUUCGCAGCAAACAGUACACCAGUCGUUUGCAAUAAUGGUACUUGGUCGAUAGUACCGAGUUGUUCACCUGCCAGAUGCAAGCGAAUGCCAAAAACACCGAAAAAUGGAAUGGUCAUAGCUCCUAAAACGGAUCAUGGUAUGAAAGCUGUCUUCAAGUGUAAGGAUGGUUUUGAAUUAGUCGGAGGUGGUCCAUUAAAUGCUUCUAUAUCCGUGGAAUGUCAAUAUGGCAAUUGGACUGGUGACAUACCUCAUUGCGUUCAAGUAUUUUGCCCGUUUCCUGGUUUCAUUGAAAAUGGCAAAGUCUUUCUGGUUGGCAACAUGGGUGUUUACGAUUAUCGGCCAUACGUCAGGAAGGUUGUUAACAACAAACAGAUCAUGUACGACUGUGACAAGGGUUAUGUACUCGAUGAAGGACCUAACGGUGCUACUUGCAUCGGUGGAAAUUGGAGUCCUAAAGAAUUACCCAAAUGUAUUCCGGGUCAGCAUCCUAGACUGAGGUGGAGUAGACGUCGAAGGUCGAUAACCGAUGCCACUGAGGAAGACAUUGCGGCUAAUUACAAGAAAUUUAUCGAGUUUUUCAGGAAGGUCGGUAAGAAGUUACUACAUUUGGAAUCGAUCAAAGCGCGUGAUCACGAGAAACGUCCUACUGGUUUCAAUGGAUCCUCGAAAGAAAAUGACGACGGUACAAAUUCGACUACUAUGUCCUUGCAAUGGAAGAAACAUUCCAACCACGGUAAUGGUACUUGGAAUCGUGACGAAAAGAUCGUCGAUUUCUUAAGAAUGGUUUAUAAGAAAUUAGAACGUAUGGAUGCAAGACAACCAAAAAAUAAUACCAAUGGCAGUAUGCACGAAUUAUUAAAUGCCAUGAGUAAAAAUUUCUUUCACGUUGAUUUGACCGAAUCAAGGAAAAAUGGAUCGGGCAGGGGUCGAUCUGUUUUCGAAAUAAGAAAUCAAAGAGAGUUUAUAAGACUGAAGAGAGAAUUCGAAAGGAUUAUGAGAUUUUAUAAUAAAUCCAUGAGAUGGAACGAGAAACAGAAUCGCAAGGAGUCCAGAAAGAAGAGCGGCCAAUCUCACGGUGAGAAGAAUAAAAAAUCCAAGGAUAAGAAAAAACGUAAGAAGAAUUAUUACAAAGGUUUUUACGAUUUUGUAAACAGUUACGUGUCCGAGAAAUUGUCCAUGUUAGAGGCGCGUAACGCCACUGAGGAAUUAAUUAAAAAAAUGAAGAUCGAUAAGUUCACCGUGAGAAAUGGUACUGCGUUCACUGUUGGCGAGAUGUAUGCAUUUUUCAAACAUAUCAUAGAAAAUAAAUUAAAUACGACGGAGGAAAUCUCGAUGACGGAGACAACGACGUUCCUUGUGCCAACGUCGGAUAUCGAUUUUAAUGAAAAUGGAACAUCGACGACGUCCACCAAAGACAAUUUGGUCUUGAACAAUGAGAUUCCAAUUAAGGAAGGUGCACCAAAGCAUCGUAGCAAACGUAUUAGAAAUGCUUCGGAAGAUACUAAUGUUACUCGUCAAAAAAGGAAGCUCCUUUCUUUGAAGGUGUCAUCUAAUCUUCAAACGGGAUCGAAGAUCAAAGAGGAAGAAAAUUUCAAGGAUGCGGAUGGAUUCAACGCUUCGGGAUUUACUCUGAACGAACUGGAAGCACAACAGCAAAGCCGUGCCAAGAGAUUUCUCAAAGCCUCCGAGCUAGAUAAUCAAAUCUUCUUAAAGAACUUGUAUCUCAAUGCUUACGAGGAUGAAUAUCGAGAGAAUGUGAAACGUUCGAUAGAAUCGUACGAUCAUACGAAAAGUAGUUGGUCGGCUUCGAGAAGGCGCAAGGGUAAUCUCGACAUUUACGAGAUCAAGUGAUGAAGUUUCAAGUGUUGUGAUAUUAACGGAAUUUAUUAAGUCAUUUACCGAUAUCAAUCGAAUUUUAGGCGAUGUAUACACACUCACACAAUAUACGAUAUUAGCUGUAAUCGUCGUCCCUCGUCGGCACGCAUUGUAACGCGUGUCGCGCUUUUUUUUUUUUCAACGAGGAAAGAAGUUUGAAAAAAGAAGAAGAAGAAGAAAAGAAAAGAGAGAAAGUAAAAAGGAAAAAAAAAAAAAGAAAAAGAGAAAAGAAAAAAAAAAUAUACACUUAAGGGAAUAAAUCUUUUCCAUGCCAAAGUCCCUUCGCUCUUUAAGGUUAAAGCCGAAUUAGGUUCUGUGUGUGUCUAAUCUAAGAAUUAAGUAUGUAGAAAACUUUGUAGAUGUAUCAACGUGUCGAUGAUGUAGUGCAUUGACGAAAAAUCCGAUCAAAAAGAAAAAAAAGAAAAAAAAGAAAAAAAAAAAAAAAAAAAAAAAAAAAAAAAAAAAAAAAAAAAAAAAAAAAAAAAAAAAAAAAAUAGAAAAAAACUUCAACAGGAAAACUUUAUAGUUAGAGCGUAUUUCACUUCUAAUAUUAACUUUCUCUGAUUCUGUAAGCUAACCCUUAGUGUGAUUUAUAAAUAAGUCCGAUAUCUAAUUCCAACUAAAUGAAAUAGCCCAAGAUCACGAUACUCAUGAUUUUUGUAUUUCAUGCGUUGAAGGCCGCAUUAUUAUUCGAUGUACCUUGUAAUACGCAAAUUAUAAAAUUAAUAAGAGAAUAAGUGUUACCAGAAAGUCCCUUUAUCAAUAUGUUCGAGACAAUGAUUGUAAGAAGAAGAAAAAGAAGACGAAAAAGAAGAAGACGAAGAAGAUGAAGAAAAAGAAGAGAAGAAUCGUUAAAUCUACUUGCUAUCAUUUUAUUUUAUUGGAAAUCAUUUUAUUGAUAUUAUUUAAAAGAUCGAUCGACCAGGUAACGAUAAUUACGCGAACAACACUUGGGAUAAUUAAGUCUCGAAAAAAUCAUCCAUGGUAGUGAUCAAAUGUUCGAGGAGAGGGAAUGCUGCGUAACACCGGACACGGCUGAAAGAGGGACGUGCCUGGACCACCUGUCAAUAUCGUACUUCCCAUUAAUUACAGAGCAAUUAUAAUUCAUGAAUGCUCACGAGACCUUGUUCGAUUUUAUCUGCGACAACGUGCUCGUUAACACGUCCACAGCGUGAACCUGACUAUCCAGAGAUUUAAGGUCGAGUAAUUCCAAACAAGUCGUGUAUUCGUUUCUGAUAAUCGAAUCGUUUAGAAAAUAGGAUAAAGAAGAUUGAAAAUUAAAUGUCAUAUCUUAACGAUUAGAUUAUUUUUUAAUUCUUAUAAAAGAUUAAUUAAAUCGUUUUGUCAAUUGGACAAACAAUUUUAUUAAUAAUAAUAUCGUAAAUUUAUCGUUUAGAAGAAUGAUCAUUUGACAUCGAAGGAAAACGGAAACACAAGUAAAUUUCUAAUUUCAGCAAUAAGCUAAUUAGACGAGGUCGAGGCUAUUUAACAUCAAAGUGUGGGACACCGUGUGCAAAUCGAUAAGUACAUGGGGCAACGUACCUACCAGCCAUGAACAUCGGAAAGUGUCUCGGUGCGCCUGCGUUCAAACGAAAAAGCAAAAAAGAAAAUGAUCGUUGCAUGCACCACUAAUUCGUUUAGUCGAGAGAACAUGUGUAUAAAAGAGAGAGAGAGAGAGAGAGAGAGAGAGAGAGAGAGAGACAGAGAGAGAGAGAGAGAGAAAGAGAGAAAGGGAAAAGAGAAACCUCUCUCUCUUUCUCUCUCUCUCUCUCUCUCUCUCUCUCUCUCUAUCUUUCUCUUUUUCUCUUGCGGUAAGCAUUAUUCCAGUUCAUACCACGAUGAUUAUGCGGUCAGUUGAUACCAGCCGCUAAAUGCGCUAAUCGCGAGAGAGUUCAUGGUAAACAUCGAGAGCCGCCUACUUCGUGUUCCUCAUCUAUUAGAGCCCUGUUACGUGCCGUGCCGUCUUCUAUGCAAAUGAAUCUACGAAAGUAUGUUAAUAAUCUCUAAACAAACGCGCAAAAUAGAGGACAUGCCGACGUUAAAGUUUAGUAUCGUCAAAGCUAAUAAUAAGAGCUACUUAUUAUAGCUACUAUUUCUCUUUUUCUUUUUCCAUUUUUUUCUUCUUCUUCUUUUUUUUUUUUUUUUAUUUCUGUCUCUCUCUCUCUCUCUCUCUCAUUUCAAUUCGAAGAACUACGAUAUAUUUCAAUAUAUUUGUAAUAUAUCAUUACAGUGACAACCGGAUAAUAGUCCUGCUAUCCUUCUUUUUUUUGCUUCGUUUUUCCUUUUUCUUUUUGUUUCUCGAUUCGUUUUAGUUACGAGGGUGUUUGAAACGACAAAAAAAAAAAAAAGACGAAAGAAAUUU